AUCCGGAAGUACUUUGUCGCGUAAAUUAUCUCGAGAAUCGCGCGGGCGGUCAUUUUCAGCAUAUAUAAUUUUCUUUGUCUGAUUUAGUUUCCAUAUAUUAAUUUAUUUGUGCUAAAGAUCGCCAUAAAUAAAACAUGAAAAAAGGAUAUAAAGUGGCCGAUGUGAAAAGGGAGAAGCGAAUCGGCGUCGCCGCCGAAAAUCUGCAAGAAUUAAUUGAAAAAUCAUGCAAAAAGCUCGGUUUCAAUGCCAGGUGCGCGGCGCUUUACGUGGCCGAGGAUGGGACGCAGGUCGCGGACGACGAUUACUUGGAUACGCUGCCGCCUCAGACACUCUUCAUAUUGUUGAAAGACAAGGAACAAAUGGUAACUGAUUUUGACCACUACUACAGCCUAAUCCGCUCAUCCAAGAAGGAAUACAUCGACACAGGACUGGCCGCUAAGGAAUUCCUCACCACCAACAUCAAGGAGAAGUUCAAGGUGUUCCAGAAAUAUAUUGCAGCUGCUGAUGAGGCUCACACCAUGCUGAGUGAGCGCGCGCAGGACCCUAAGUGGUUUGAAGGUCUGGAACCUUCAGAGAAGACCAAAGAGCAGUCAAUGUGCAAACGCGUCAAAGAUCGCAUGCGGGGCUAUUUCUACAAAACCAAGUCUGCCCUCCAAGCCUCUGACCUCUACAUUCAUUCCAAGAACAGCCGCGGCAAGAAAAUAGUCGAUCAGUUCCUCGCAGACCUACGAAAACUACUUGAAACCAAUAAAUAUAACGAGGACUAUUUUAACAGAAAAGCAGAGAAAAACCGCCUUUGCAACGAACGAGGUCUAUUCGAAUGUGGAGGUCUCUACAACAAUACCUCAUGCGCUUACAAAGACGACCAUGUCAUCAACCCUUAUAGAAGCCGAGAAGAACGCAUAAUAUUCCAAACAUGGAACCUGGACCACAAAAUAGAGCUCUCCCGCUCCAUAAUACCCCAAAUCGUUAAAGCUAUAGAAGCAGUGUACUCCGGGCAAGUCACUUGUGUUCUAUGUGAACAUAGCAGCGACGGAACAGUAGAAGCAGACAGGUAUUAUUUACAAAUAUUCACUCGAGACAACCUGAAGUUGGUGCAUAUUGUGUGCCAUUAUAAAGGUAAGCAUGAUGCUGAGUCUGGGGUGUAUACUCUUUGCAAAAAGUGCAGUGCGCAUAGCAUUGAAAACAAGUAAAUGGUAGUAGGGUCACGUUUACAUUGGUCUACAAACAUGUUACUGAGCGUAAAUAGAAAAUGCUAUUCAAUAAAAUAUAGUUCACAGUUAGUCUUGAAUGAAACAAUGCUGAUAAGUCUAAAAUUCCACUUGCAAGCGUAUUGAAAACGUGUUAAUUUGUGUGGAUACUUCUGUGAGUACUGAGUGACCCGUUUUCAUUGCUCACAUUGUUUUUUGGUUGUGUUUUGAAUGAAAAACUAACUAAUCUUUCAGUUGUAAAGUUGGAUUACUGUAAACGUGACAUGUGGCACUUCAGUUUCUCUGCUCUAAGGGUGGAAAAGGCAUAUAUUUACCUGAGGCAAAUUUUUAACUUGUAAGACGGAAAGUAUACUUCUACUUCACACCUAUUAAGUUCUAAAUUUGGGGAUCCAGAAAGGAGACCUUGAUGUUUUAAAUGCAAAGUCUAAUUUCACUUUGUUAAUACUGUCACAACUUAUGUGCCACACAUCAUAUUUAUGAAUCACUUACAUCAUAAUUAUGAAUUAUUGUUUUCAAAGGACCCGCACUUAACAGUCUGGAGAAGACAGAUUGGUCAACUUUGAAGACACUCUUAUUUUAUUUCUCAAGACAUGUAUAUAAAAUAAUAUAUUUAGCAAUUGUUAUUAUAUAUACUAAUCUUAUGGUUAUUAUACCUAUUUCCGUAUAUAACAGAGAUAUUUUAAAUGAAGUUAAAUAUCAAGAAAUACAAACCUAUUUUUGCUAUAUUAAUGAACUCAUGCUAACCUGUGAUAGGAUCGCAAUUUAUUUAAGGUUUUAUGGCGGUUUGACCGCAUCGGUAGCCAAAGGUUGCUUUAAUUGUCAUAAAAUAAAUUGUGUAGCGAUGUAUUUAUAUUAUCUACAAGUUAUCGUGACGAAUUUAAAUGAAAUUUUAAAAGUAGUUCGCCCUGUGUAGUAAAUUAAUAUUAUUAAAUAUAUUAGUAUUAAUUGUUAAUUCAUCUAGAACCGUUAAAUUAAAUUAGAUUCUUCUGGGUUGCUUCUAGAUGUCACAACUAAGUUUUUACCAGCGGUAAUACUUGGACAAAAAUAUUUCACAUAUUACAACUGGGAACAACCGAGAAAACAAUUCCCAGUAUUACCACCGGAAUAUUUUUCUAUGAAAAUGGUUCGUUUUUAAUAUUUUGUUACAUAUUUGCAAUUUAUCAGAUAUGAUUAACGUUAAAUACUACUAAAAUACCUACCUCAAUAAGGAGUGGUAACUACAGAUUUUUUUCUCAGUUGUUCCUGUUGGUAACAUCUCGGAAUAAUCCAGUCUUACUUAUCAGUACUUAUCUAGACAGUUAAGUCCAUUUGAAUUUGCAAUGAUUAAGUACCUAUUACUUCAUUACUUUUUUUGGUCUUCUGUACUUAACAGUGUCAUGUAGAGAUUGUUGAAUAAUUCUGCUACAUUUCUAAAUAACGGUUCUACGUGUUGUUUUAAAUAGAUCCCUCUCCUAUUAGAAGGAUCAAACCAGGGUUUAUUACUAUUUCAUCCAUAAUGUAGGUAUAAUGUUGUUGCAUUUACUAGUGAGUACAUUUUUUAUUCCUUCUUUGAUCUCCUUUCCUUCGAAUAGAAAAUAGACUUAAGAUACUUAAGUUUUUUUUUAAUAAUAUUUAAUGGUACAUUCGAAGAUAACAAUAAAUAAUGAAGAUUUUCAAUUCUACAAAACUGCGGUAAAUUAUGAAGCUAAGACUGCUAAAGUCGUUAAUGUCGCUAUUUGGGUUUGCACGAUGGAUCUGAAAUGUAUGAGAAGAUCCGCGGAUCCAGAUCCAGAUAAUUUCGGAUCCGGAUUGCAAACCCUAGUCCAGGGAUCGGAACCGGUUUUUUGCAAAAACAUCGAAAUAACCAUAUAUUUCGGUUUAUUUUAUACUCUAAAUGUAGGACUCGGUUGUGUUUUCAGAUAACGACUUCGUAUUAUUAGAUUGCCUAAUUAGAAAUGAAGUAAUUAACAAAGAACGAAAAAAUACCGUUUUCGUUCCCAUACAAAAAAUACCGGUUUCCGAUCCCUGCCCUAGUCGCCAUCUAUCAAUGUCCAUUUUGUAUGGCAAUUGACAGUUUCAUAUCUGGUCUCUGACAUUCGUAUUGUAGCGGUUGUGUAUUUAUAUGGUUGUUCUGGUAAACUCGUUUCUGAUUGUUCUUAUACUUAUACACAUUUAAUUGUAUAAUCACGUUACCUCAUUGAUAUAUACAGGGUUCUAGAUAGCCGUUAACAAUUCACAAAAAUAUGAAGGCUGUGGGUUACCUACGAAAUAGUGGAGAUUUAGAGGUCAUUCCUAUCUUUUACCACCUCCACCAAGUUACCCUCUGGUAACAGCUGGGAUCUUUUUUCUCGUCUAUUACCACUGGGAACAAAUAAGAUUUUUUUUUCCCAUAUUACCUUAUUCAUAUAUGGGGACAUAUUUAUCUGAAUGUCCUGUGGACGUAUUAAAAUAAAAAUUCAACCCACUCGUUAUUUAUUUAAUAUUUAUUUUUAUUGUAUUUUGAAUUUUGGUGGUAAAAGGUGGGAAUAACCCGAAUUCUGGUACAAAACAUUAAUGCAAGAUAUAUCAUGAUUAAGCAAUAUGAAUACUUUGAGUAGGUGGCCCAAUAAUGUCAAGAAAGCAAGGAAUGGAAGUCGAAUUUGGUAUAGAUAGAAAAUAAAAAUGUUGCGGAGUUGGGAAUAAUCUGGCCAUAUUUUGUUUUAUUUAACCAAAAUAUGGUGUAACAAAUAUAUAGCAAGUAAAUAUAAUAAUUAUACCCUUUUUUACUAUAUCUUUAUGUGUAAUCUCAAUAUUUUUAAGUCAUAUUUUUUUAUGAUUGACAACUGGUUUAGUAGAAUGGAUGGUUUGAUAAUAUAAACAAGGGAUUCUAAUACUGAACUGAAUCUACCAAAGCUUGCGUCGAAAUGUAUUCGUGUAUAUCUAAAAUAAAAUAUACAUAGUAUCAUUCAUUUCAGUAUUUUUUCUUUAUUCUAUUUUGUCACUUCAAUUUUGCAGCAAAUACAAAUGAGUCCAGUUGACUCAUCUUAAUAACUCAAAAGUUUAUAAAAAACAUGAUCUGUUUUGAUGAUUUGUCAUGCUCAUACAAAUGUAAAAAGUUUUUUGUAUAUACAGUGUGUAAAUUCAAUGCGAGUGAAUAUUUAAACGGUGCAUGGUUACCAUAGGACCUAAGAAAUAUAUUGAGAUAAAAUUUGCUUAGAGAUACAAUGAAAAUAUUAACCAUACACAAUAAUUCGGCCGGCAAUGUAAAGCAUACACAAGUUACAAGAAACGAGCAUUUCAAAGUAACUGUCAAUGCUCGUUGGCAUGUCUCGUAAACAGUACAGUUUACAGUACAUUGCUGCUCUGCAAAUUUUCAAGAAUUAAUUACGGGGUCAUAAUUAACUGUAACUUUUAAAAAAACUUCCUAAUUCAUGAUUACAUGGAUAAAUUCUAUAUCUGGUUUAAUUUAUCGCCCGUAUUGGAUUUACACACUAUAUAGGGUUGGACGGAAAAUGUGCAGGUUAUAAUAAUACAGUGGAACGUUUGAAUCUUCUGUUUUGUCGCUUUGUAACAUAUUUAUUUCUAAGAAAAAUAAGUCGGUGAGGAAACGAUGGAAUUCCUGAAAUGUUAAUGGUGAGUCUUAUAAAUUAAUUUAGUCUUGGAACCAAAUUUUAAUGUAGGAUAUCAGUUGCCAUAAUUAAAGCCCGACCAGAAAUAUAUGAUCAUUGUCAAGAGGGAGCUGUUAUUCUCAUGUAUGGGGUGACAGUUCAGUUUAGUAUGAAAAAUUUAGUUCCAAUAAAAUUCCGCAAUAUGGCGCGUUAUCAUAUAUUACUGGUCAGGCUUUAUAUAUAUUUUUAUUUAACCCUUUUCUUGGCAACGUAACAUAUAUCUAUAAUAACGUAACAUAUAUGUAAAAGGUGUAUCAUAUGAUACACAUUUUUUUUGUAUAAUGCGUAAGCUAGGUUUGAACUCACGUUUCCAUUUUAAUUUGUCGAAAUAGUUCAAUUCUAGAUCGAAAAUUCGAGCGUUCCACAGGAGAUCAUCAGGCUUUCGAAUAUUUCUAUCCGAUUCCGAAUUUCCUACCCGACUGGAGUAUUCCAGUGGCACUAAUCAAUAUUGGUAUGUUGUAAGCUUCACUUUACAGUACAUCAACUACCAUUACUUUAUCGGGUUUUCUGGCAGAAUGUUAUAUGUCAAUAGUCGGUAUUCGGCCAAAACCACUAUUCGUGUCAUCUCUAAUUACUAUAUCGGUUAUAAUUUUCAGAGGACACGGUUUUAAAAACAAGUUUUUGUCAAUAACUAUCUGUUCCUUUUCAUAAAUACAAUUAAAUAAUUCAUUAUGAAUAUAUUCACUACUGCCAUCUAACUUUCUCCAUGCCAGACUACCUUCAUUGAACAUAGCAUCCUAAUAAAUAUAUAAUCCUAUUAUGUAAUCAAAAUAUACCAGAAAUCUAUUUUGUGACAAAUUGUAUACUAAUAUUACUGAUUAGAAAUAGCUUUAGUGCAAUAGCAAUAUUAAUGUUUAAGAGUAGUUUGUUAAACGAUGCCUGUUGCAGAUAAAUAAAUAAUCAUAUAAAUCAUUAAAAAAAGAAAAAAAAAAUUGUAAAUCUGAUAUUUUUAACAACCAAACGAAGUGAGAGUAGGUAGGACUUUUUUUAUUGUAAAUCGAAAUACCUACAUAAACAAUUGAUAAACAGGUUGGCUUGAAAGCUGAUUCCAAAGAAUUUUUGUUAUUAUUGAUGUUUGUCUUUACAUUUAGUAAGUUUUAUUAUUUAUCGAUGACUAUUUGUGUUAUAAAGUAACUCUAUAUUAAUUAUUCUAAUUGAAAAAAAAAUGUGUAUCUUAUGAGAUACAUUGCCAAAAAAAUGUUACCAACAUACAAAAACCAUGAAUGUGUACAGAAAUUUCUAUAUUUCUUUGCUCUUAAGCAUUAAUAAUGAAAAUCCCUGAAAUCAGCUUCCACCACCACCUUUAUAUCUAAACAAAACAACGUUAUCUCUGAACAGGCAUCGUUAACGUUAACGUAGCAAUAACGUGGUUGUAGAACGUUGUAGUCGCUUCCAUAGCGCUAGCGCUUGUAGUGGUACGCUCGAUAUACAGUAUUACACCUUCUCCUCUAUGUCUAGGCUUGUGAGGGCUUUACCACACUGACGGAUAUUGUAGCACUAUUAACCCGUAAUUGGGCACCCUUGGAUUUCAUAUCGUAAAAAUAACGACCCUAUAAAAUCAUAAGGAGGCGAUGAAAAUCGUGUAUUUUAAUUAUUGACUGUUAAGGGUUAAGUAGCAUUAGAAAAAAGGUAAACAAUCUUGACAUGUCUUUUUAUAGCAAAAACCCUUUUUUUAGGGUUCCGUAGCCAAAUGGCAAAAAACGGAACCCUUAUAGAUUCGUCAUGUCCUUCUGUCUGUCCGAUUAUUUAAUCAGUUAAUUUUACUUUUGAAAGCAAAAUAAUGUAAAUGAUCGUUAUAUGAUUUAUAAUUGUUACAUAUUUGCAGUGACUUAUUUUUCAUAAGUGUUUUACAGUAAAAUGACACGUCUAAAUCGCAUACCUUCUUUCUAAUGCUAAAUAACGAACUAUAAAUAGAGUUGAAAAAGUUAGACACAAUUUAAGAGUGAAGAAUAGUUUUGUGAUCCUAAUGAAAUAACGGUACUUUUUCUAUGAAAUUUCCAUUUCGGGAGAAAACUGUUUUCUCUAACUAAAUCUUAACAAAUUACAUAGAUUUCGAUGUCGUUCACUUCAGCAUAAUAUAGGUAUUCUAGGUUUAUAGCUUCCGCUUUCUAAUUAUUAUUUUUGUAUUGCUUGAUGAUUGAUUUUGAAAAAAGUAAAACAUAUAAGUAGUUUUUCAUUGUGUCAAUAACAUACUAAAAAAAUCAUGGAGAAUGGAAAAUAUUUAGAAGUAGAAAUACAUUUUCUGUAUAGACGAGUACCCAGUAUUUAGCAUACUUUAACAACAUUUCAACACUGAAUCGUUUACCCUUGAAAUACUGAGACGCAACAGUGGCACGCAACUUUUUUUUAAAUUUAAACUACUAUACCAGAUUUAAAGUAAUUCUACGGAUUACACUCGAGAGUGUAAUCCGUAGAAUUAUUUUAAUGUAUGUCUCACGACAGUUUAAAUUCUACUACUUAUACUAGGUAGAUGUUUAAACCCUUACCCUUGAAUAAAUUAUCUGUAAAAAUAAUUAUUUAUUAUUAUUUAUUUAUUUAUUUAAUAUUAGCACUAACAGAUAAACCUUACAUGCUAACACUCAGAUUACAUUUAGGUAUAUUUACUUCUUAACUUAUAAUAGCAAUAUACAAUACAUUUCUUUUUUUUUAGGUAGUUUGUUACAUAUUUAAUUUUAACAAUUUGAAAUAUAAUUUAGUUUAUAAUCUCGAAAUCAUGAAAAAAAAAUUACAAAUUCGUAGUUUUUGACGUAUCAGAUCUCCAUAUUGUCUAUUAAAGAAAACAAUUAACUAGUCAAAAUGAUGAUGAUCAUUAAAACAAAAUGAUCGCCGUCCACAAUAAAAUAAAACUUAAGUUGUCAUGAACAUGAUUAAUUAUUAAAAUACAUAAUAUGGACUGAAGAGUUUCGUUCAUUUGCAAAAUCUUUGACACCACGUAGUUAAUACCUGGUGGUCUACCGCGAAAACCGAAAUUAGCAAAUUGCGGGGAUAUUUCUCUUGUACUCUCACUAAGACGUAAUUAACUAAUUAGAGUGACAGGAAAAAUGCCCACAAUUGACGAACUUAUUUCCGCGGUUAUAGCAAGUUCGACAAUCGUAAAUUUUCUUGGUAUAUUUGCACUAUUCACCUAAAAUCGACUGGAAUUUAAUUUCUGUAUAGGUUUGUAAAUUAUUAAACUAUGACAAUAAGAAAUAGGGGAGAUCGUGGUAAGUUUGAAAUAUAUGUUAUUGGCAACAUGGCGAUUAGGGUAUUUAAAAAUUAUCAAUAGAAAUUCUGAACCUUAAAAAAGUUCCUUGGUUUAUAAGUUGAUGUUGCCAAUGUACCCAGGUCUCCCCUUCUCGAAUUUAGUCAGCUUAGUGUGCGUAAAGCCCCUCUGUUCCUCUUGGUGGUAGUGACAGUGUCUGUAUAAUGGUGAACUCUUAUUUAGAACGUUCAUUGUUGAAGAAAUAAAUAUUUAACAUAAACAA